GGCAAACUUAAGGUGAGGAGAUCCAAAAUGGCGCCAUGAACGAUCUUACUUGCGGGAGCAGCAUCUAAAAAAGAAUAUAAUUCUGCGAAAACGGCUCGUGUAUGAUUGAAAAGAAACUUAAUAGUUUCCCUAUAGUAUUUAGUUCAUUUUGUGUUUCAUUUGGUGGGACUUUGACGGCUGCUUCUUUGAACUAUGUCGACGUCUUCUGGCUCGAAAAGGAAAGGUGUGGCGAGGAAAAUGGCCGAUAACGCUACAACCGGAGCUUCAAACCUGCUAUUUGAGAACUGCCAUGACUAAAUCAUCGGUGGGGACAGCAUGAAAAUGCAUCUCAUGAAUGAAGAAGUUUUUCCUUCCUGUCAGUAACACCGGAGAAAGACCACCCUGGGGACAAGAGGGUGUUGUACACCAAGGUGGUGAACAACAACCACAUGGAGGUCACCAAAAAGCUGAUGUCCACCUUCACCAUCGAUGAAGCAGUGACCUUCCAGCAAUUUAAAAUGAUUGGAAUGCUCGAUUUGGCCACCAACAUGGAUGAAAUGUUUAGGGAACUGACGCGUCCAAAACUUCUUCCAACUGUAGGACUGCCUCCAACUCCAAAAUUUGAUUUGAGGGACGUCCGGAUGCGAGAUGAAAAAAGGCUUAGGGAACUGACGCGUCCAAAACUGUCUUCACCUGCAGAACCUCUUCCAACUCUAGGAAGGCGAGACCACCCUGGGGACAAGAGGGUGUUGUACACCAAAGUGGCGAACAACAACCACAUGGAGGUCACCAAAAAGCUGAUGUCCACCUUCACCAUCGAUGAACCUUCAACAGUGACCUUCCAGCAAUUUAAACGGAUUGGAAUGCUCGAUUUGGCCACCCACAUGGAUGAAAAAAGGGUUAUGGAACUGAGACGUCCAUUUCCAAAAUCCGAUUUGAGGGACUUCCGGAGGCAAGAUGAAAUGUUUAGGGAACUGACGCGUCCAAAACUUCUUCCAACUGUAGGACUGCCUCCAACUCCAAAAUUUGAUUUGAGGGACGUCCGGAUGCGAGAUACCAAGUGCACGGACAGUGCAGGACGCCCGGCCGGAGGCGCAGAUGGCGUCAGUACGAGGUCAAGCGCCGACAAGGAUAAUUCAAGCAAAGAUGCCCAGUGCACAGACAGUGCACCGGCCGGUGGCGCAGAUGGCGUCAGUACGAAGUCAAGCGUUGACAACGAUAAUUCAAGCAAAGAUGCCCAGUCCACGGACAGUGCAGGACGCCCGGACGAAGGCGCAGAAGGCAAAGAACUGCACUUUGUGGAUAAACACAAGAAGGAGCUUAUCAAGAGAGUGACCAACGUUGAUUCCAUUCUGGAUCAACUCCAGGAAAAGGAAGUCAUCAAGACUGAAGUCUACACAGUGAUCCUGAGGGCGACCGUCAGCCAACAAAAGAUGAGGGAAAUCUACUUGCAGGCUCUCCAGUCCGGCAACAAGGCCAAGGACGUCUUCUUGGAAAUCCUGGAGGAGGAGGAGCCUUUGCUGGUGGAAGACCUCAGGCAGAACAAGUAGCGCCAGCUACCAGUUCCUGUGGUAUUGCUAAGCAACGUCUUAUCUGCUCUCUCUUUUAGAACCGAUCUGUCUCUCCUCUGAUCAUUUUAUACAGCGACUAACUACAGUAGUACUUCAACUCGCGAGCUCAAAUGUUUCUACCAUCCAGAUUCCAAACAACGGAAUCUUAAAUCAGCGUCGCCCAGUGAAAUUAACUUAAACCAAAUUCAUCUGUGUUUGUUCCUCGCGAAAUUCCAACAUCUAACACGCCUUUUAAAAAAGAAAACCAACUUUUGGAUAAUAAUCAUUGUAUGAGAACCAAAACAAUAGUAGUUUUGUGAAUGUAAAAUUGUACAUUAUCACUUGGGCUUCACUUGACUGAUGUGGACUUUGGACUGCUGUGGACUUUGGACUGCUUCUCCACAGUGUAACAAUGGACAAUUGGUAUUGUUCGUGUUGCACACCUACGUAUUUAGGUGACGGAUCGCAGAGGUCAAAGGCAACAAGAAGUGAUAUGUAUGUCUACCUGGGGCCCGGCGAGCAAGGCACGAACGUUCCCACUUCCGGUGGUCAGGGGGCAGGAUUGUGUCGAUCUCUAGACAGUACCUACUUCAAAAAGUGGAGGCUCGUAACUCAAAAGAGCUGAGAGAGCUUGUAUAUUAGAAUAUUGGUAAGUUGAAGUACUACUGUACUACUAAUGCUAGAUAGAAACGGGUAUUUAUCGCUCUUUUUAGAACUUCCACUUUCGUGUUUUAUGCGCCACUUACUUUAACACGGAGUCUUAAAGUGUUUUAAUCUUGCCUGUCAACCUUACCGUUUUUGCUGGGAAAUCCUGUUUGUGUCCUUCAUUCCGUUCCCGUUUCCUUACUUCAGGGAUGCCAACUGCUGCAUGGGUCAGCUGGAGAGGGUCAGAGCCAUGUAUAGCGAGAGUAAGGUCAACUGGGUUUCCAAGUUGGUAGCAAACAUGGCGCUCUGUAGUCACGUGAGGGGCUUUUGACCAAUCAUUCAGGAGAUCCUCUGGCCAUACUAACACGUUCACAGGUUGCUAUGCUACCUUCUUUGAAACCGCGUUGGCCAUACUCUCUGGAGUGGAUAGUGCAGUGGUUAGCAACACUUUCUUGUAACACAAUGGAUCUGACUGAAAGUCUGCCACGUGUUUUUUAAUUGAUUUAACAGCUUUUUUGUGAUGAAAAUGAAAAUCCCUUAUUUUUAUCCAUUUUCCAGAGAAAUUUCCCAUGUUUUGAAAUGCAAAUGUUGUCAGGGAUGGCUUUAACUUGCAUUGCUUUGCUUAAUAAUUACAAUGAUAUUUCUUAACGCAGGGGUGUCCAAACUACGGCCCGACGUCUUCAAAUUGGCUCGUGAGACGGAAGCUUGCCCGCAGGGAGAAUGCAUUCAUUUUAAAAGUCUAAAAUUUUAAAAUGAAUGUCAAUGACCUUUAAUUAUGCACUGAAUCCGCAGCAUUUAUUUAUAUGACCCAAUGACUCAUGUUGGAAAAAAAAAUCCAACCAACACAAAAUGUCAACAGACAUUGUCACUGAACUUUGUGGAUAAAAUAAAGUGCAUUCACCAUAAAAAAUUUCCAAAUUACAUCCAUUACACACUUAUCCAUGUUUGCCGCAUUUUAGCUGCUUGAUAUUUCUGAUUGCAAAACUUUAAGGAGUUCGUCACAGAUGUAAACAAGGUAGGAGUCGAACUUUCCCAUACUUUAAAUAUCCAAUUAAAUUAAUUAAAUAUCCAUUAUAUUAUUAUAAUAUAUGCACAUAUAAAUGUAUAGGGUAUAUAUAUAUACAAUAUAUAUAUAUCAAUCAAUUUUCAAUCAAUUAUAUUUUAUAUAGCGCUUUUCUCUAGUGACUCAAAGCGCUUUACAUAGUGAAACCCAAUAUCUAAGUUACAUUUAAACCAGUGUGGGUGGCACUGAGAGCAGGUGGGUAAAGUGUCUUGCCCAAGGACACAACGGCAGUGACUAGGAUGGCGGAAGCGGGGAUCGAACCUGCAACUCUCAAGUUGCUGGCACGGCCGCUCUACCAACCGAGCUAUACCGCCCCAUAUUAUAUAUAUAUAAUAUAUAUAAUAUAAAUGAUAAUGAUAAAUGGGUUGUACUUGUAUAGCGCUUUUCUACCUUCAAGGUACUCAAAGCGCUUUGACAGUAUUUCCACAUUUACCCAUUCACACACACAUUCACACACUGAUGGCGGGAGCUGCCAUGCAAGGCGCUAACCAGCAGCCAUCAGAGGCAAAGGGUGAAGUGUCUUGCCCAAGGACACAACGGACGUGACUAGGAAGGUAGAAGGUGGGAAUUGAACCCCAGUAACCAGCAACACUCCGAUUGCUGGCCCAGCCACUCUACCAACUUCGCCACGCCGUCCCUAUAAUAUAUAUAUUAUAUAUAUAUAUAUAUAUAUAUAUAUAUAUAUGUGUGGAGAGAGAGAGAGAAAGCCUAUAC